AUGUCUCCCGAGGAUAUGACUAAAGCUGCAACCCACCCAAGGACACUUGUGUUCGUUUCUCCAUUCAAGGACAUUUGUGCUCGGAAGUUCGUUGGUCGGCUAAAGCUUGGGAAGGCUACAGUAAGAAAGCAUCCAAAGGUCCAACACAGGGACUGGAGAGGACAGCCUUCACGAUCGCUUUGCUCGAAGGUGCGGCGGGUGGCAACACCUGCGCGAUCUUCAGACUGGCGAGUGGACUGCAGACCAGACGCAGCGGGACUGGACCCUGAGGCCAUGAAAGAAGCCGAUGCGUUGUUGCACCACAAAGUGGUCAGUGGCGAGAUUCCUGGCGUGAUCAGCAUGGUGUUCAGGCAUGGUGUUUUGGGACACUUGGAUUGCUUUGGUUUUGCCGAUGUGGAGAGACAGGUGGCGAUGCGGCCCGACACUAUCGUCCGGCUGUAUUCGAUGACCAAAUGCAUCGUGUCCGUGACCUUGGGCACCUGUUUGGAGGAAGGGCUGCUUGACCUUGACGAUGAGGUGUCCAAGUACAUUCCUGCUUUUGCUGCACUUAAAGUCUCAACAGAGGAAGGACUGGUUGCUGCACAGCGGCCUUUGACAGUCCUGCACUUGUUGACACAUACAUCUGGGAUCGGCUAUGGGCCAAUGCUGGGUGAGGAACCAGGAUGUGAGGGCGAGGAGCGCUACAAAGAGUUGAUCCUGCGUGCUGGCCUGGGAAGAAAGUGCAAGAGUUCCGAAGCGGUGUGCACACUUGAAAACUGGUGCGAUGAGCUGGCUAAAAUCCCUUUGCAACAUGAACCUGGCACGCAGUGGCUGUAUGGCUAUGGUCAUGAUGUGGUUGGACGCAUCAUCGAGGUAGUUACCGGAAAGAGACUUGACAUUGUCAUCCGGGACAGGGUCACGGCGCCUUUGAACAUGGUCGACACGGGCUUUGAGAUACCGGCAGCAAAGUGGAGUCGCGCCGCCGGAAUGUAUCGACUUCACCGAAGAAUCAGAAGGGUGCGUCGCCCCAAAAAAAUUGGUGCGUAUCGACGCCCCGACCGUUGGAUCCAACGAGUGGAUCUCCGGCAACACAAGCCCCAUCUUUGCAGGUGGCGGCAGCGUUGA